AUGCCAUCGCUUCCCAAUUCUCUCCAGCAGGAGGGUUUUGUUUUAAACGGAAUUUUUGCUGGGUUGAGGUCUAAAAAUCCUGAAGAAAGAGAUAAAGCUGGUACAGAACUUCAACAAUAUUUUUUGACAGUUGGAGUUGAAAACUCAGAAAAUGGAUCACCAAGACCAAAUAAUGAAAUUAACAAAAGAAUAUUUGAAUUUUUAAGAAGUACAGAUGUUUCUUCAAGACUUGGAGGUAUUACCGCAAUAGAUAAGUUAUUGGAUGUUUAUCAAUCGGAUGAAAUGUCAACUAAGGUUACAAGAUUUGCGAAUUAUUUACGUUCAACUAUACCAACUAACGAUAUUGAGGUUCUUCGUGCAGCUGUUAAUACUAUGGGUAAACUAACAGCUUACGAGGGUCUUGCAGCUGAAAUUGUUGAAUUUGAAAUCACGAGGGCUUUAGAAUGGCUUCAAUCUGAUAGACAAGAAGCAAGGAGACAUUCAGCUGUUUUAAUGAUAGCAGCCUUAGCCAAAAGCAGUAAAACACUUUUAUACUCUUAUGUUAAUCAAAUCAUUGAUGUUAUAUGGGUGGGCCUUCGCGAUUCUAAAGUUUCCAUUAGAUUAGAUGCAGCAGAUGCUCUUCAUUCUUGUUUAGAAAUUCUUGUGGGAAGAGAUACAGAUGCACAACAAAAAUGUUAUCGCAAGAUUUAUGAUGGUGCAUUGGCGGGACUAAAAAUUGGAACAACUGAUGAUAUACAUGGAACAUUGUUAGCUUUCCGGGAAUUACUGAGAACUGCUGGUAUGUUUAUGCAGCCUUAUUACAGUGACGUUUGUGAAACUGUUUUGAAAUACAAAGAUCACAAAGAUUUACUUGUAAGAAGAACUGUUAUCCAAAUACUUCCUAUUCUUGCUCAAUACAGCCCAAUAGAAUUCACAAAGAAAUAUCUCUCGGAUAGCAAAAUUGCACUCUCUGUACGAAGCAAUAUUGCGUUUUAUCUAGACCCAAUACUUGAAGGCGUUAAAGAGGUGCUAACGUCUAAAAGCAGAUCGAGAAGAGAACAAGAAUCGGCAGUUUUUGAAUGUUUAGGAAUGCUUUCCGGUGCUGUUGGCCAGGCUCUUUCCAAACAUUUAUCUAAAGAUGUUUUGGACCUUUUGUUUUCGUGCGGUUUGAGUGAGGAUUUAAACAAAUGCUUGACUAAAAUUGUAAUCAAUAUACCUCCUUUACACAUACCAAUUCGCGACAGGCUUUUAGAUAUUAUAAGUUUAACUCUUAGUGGUUCACAUUUUCAACCUCCAGGGUCUCCCAACUCUUUGCAAAAGAUCAAUGUCGUUGCUGCUAUGGAAUACAGAGAAACAAUGAUUAACAGAGAUAGCAACAAUAAUAAUACAUCUCAGGAUUAUACAGACGAUAAAGUAAUUGUAUUAGCGUUAAGGAUUCUUGGUUCAUUUGAUUUUAAAGGACAAUCGCUAAGUGAAUUUGUAAAAAAUUGUGCAUUGUAUUACAUUGAUCAUGAAAAUCCUCAGGUGCGAAAAGCUGCCGCUCUUACAUCAAUCAAUUUAUUUACCGCUGACCCUAUUUGCUAUCAAUCGAGUUCACAUUCAUUAAAAUCUGUCAACCAAGUUUUAGAAAAGCUGCUAACGGUAGCUUUAAGUGACCCUGUUCCUGAAAUCAGAAGAGAAAUUUUAAAUUCUCUUCAAAGUAAACUGGAUUACCAUUUGGCUCAAGCUGAAAAUGUUCGGAUGCUAUUUAUGGCGAUGAAUGAUGAAGAUUUUCAUGUCCGUGAAGCAGCAAUAACAAUUAUAGGCCGCCUUUCAAGAAUUAACCCUGCUUAUGUUGUCCCAUCUUUGAGAAAAACUCUACUUCAACUACUUACAGAACUUGAAUUUGCGACAAUUUCAAGGAACAAAGAAGAAAGCUCUAAACUUUUAGGGCUUUUGAUUAGCAGCACGAAUAAUUUAGUUCGACCAUACAUAAAACCAAUUUUGGCAACUCUUAUUCCUUCUGCAAAAGACUCUAGCCCUCUUGUAGCUUCGAGCGUUAUUGCUGCUAUCGGUGAACUAUCUAAAGUUACUGGGGAAGAUAUGUCACCAUAUUUUUCAGAGUUGAUGCAACUAAUAUUAGAUACACUUCAAGAUCAAAGCUCAGCAAUUAAGCGAGAUGCUGCUUUAAGAACUUUGGGCCAACUUUCCAGCAGCUCAGGUUAUGUUAUUGAUCCUUUGAUUGACUACCCACAACUUUUAGGUAUACUUGUUACUAUCUUAAAGUCUUCUGACCAAAAUUUAACUUUAAAGCGAGAGACUGUUCGUGUAAUGGGGAUUUUAGGAGCUUUGGAUCCUUAUAAACACAGAGAGGUCGAAAGAAAAACUGAAGACGAUUCUACAGAAUACGAUUCAGCUCCUAUCGAUGUUCUUUUAUUAAUGCAAGGAAUGAGUCCUUCUGCAGAGGAGUAUUACCCUACAGUAGUCAUAACAACCUUAAUGAGUCUUUUGAAGGAUCCUUCUUUAGUCACUCAUCACAACGCAAUCGCCCAAGCAGUUUUACAUAUUUUCAAAUCUUUAGGGUUAAAGUGUGUCCCUUUUUUAAAUCAAAUCAUUCCUGGCUUAAUUAGCGUUAUUCGGUCUAGCAGUCAUGUCAUGGCGGAAUUUAUUUUCAGACAGCUUUCCAAUUUGAUUCAAGUUGUCAAACAGCAUGCGCGUCCCUUUCUUCCAUCAAUAUUUGAAGUUGCGCAAGAAUAUUUUUCUAUCCCCAUUUUACAAACUGUCAUUCUUUCAUUAAUAGAUUCAAUUGCUCAAGCUUUAGAUGGAGAGUUUAAAGCAUAUAUGCCUCGAUUGCUUCCUCUUUUAAUCAACCUUAUACAAAACGAUAAGUCACAUAUGCGUGAUACAUCUGUUAAAGUUCUUAAUUCUUUUAUUAUAUUUGGAUCUACUAUUGAAGAGUACGUAAAUCUUAUUGUUCCUUGCAUAGUGAGUAUGAUCGAAUAUACUCCAAUAAAUUUACGAAUUGCGGCAAUUGAAACAGUAGGUGAGCUUUGCCGUACUGUUAAUCUAAAUGACAUGGCACCAAGAAUUAUUCACCCAUUGCUACGGACAUUAAAUCUUGAGGUUGAGGAGCUCAAAACACCAAUUGUGAAUACACUCUGUGCGCUAGCAUUCUCAAUGAAUUCUGAGUAUACAAUAUUUAUUUCUGUUGUGAACAAAUCUUUGCUAAAGCAUAAAAUUCAUGCACCAAAUUAUGAACAACUAGUCACCAAAAUUUUAAAUUCCGAGCCUCUGCCUCAAAAUUUAAAUCCUUACAGAAAACGCAUCAAAAUUGGAGAUGAGUCAUCUCCUGCUGACGUUGCUACUCGCAAGCUCAGAGUAAACCAAAUGCAUCUUCAACUAGCAUGGAACACAUCACAGCGUACAACUAGAGAUGAUUGGCUGGAAUGGCUUCGAAGGUUAAGUUUGGAAUUGUUAAAGGAAUCGCCUUCACAAGCUCUUCGUGCCAGCGCAAGUAUUGCUGGUGUAUAUGCACCUUUAGCAAAAGAUCUUUUUAAUCCUAGCUUUUACAGCUGCUGGGGGGCACUUUAUGAUCAAUACAAAGAGGAUCUUGUGAGGUCUUUAGAAAUUGCUUUAACUUCACCAAAUAUACCUCCUGAGGUUCUUCAAACUUUAUUGAACCUAGCAGAAUAUAUGGAGCAUGAUGAAAAGUCGUUACCAAUUGAUAUUAGAACGUUAGCGAAUUACGCUCAGAAAUGUCAUGCAUACGCAAAGGCACUCCAUUAUAAAGAACUGGAGUACAUGCAAGACCCAAAAACCAAUACCAUUGAAGCACUUAUUACCAUCAAUAAUCAUUUACAGCAGUCUGAUUCAGCUAUUGGCAUUCUAACUAGAGCUCAACAACAUCAUAGUCUUCAAUUAAAAGAAACAUGGUACGAAAAACUUCAGCGUUGGGAUGAUGCACUUGAAGCUUAUAAUCGCCGAGAGAAAGAAGAUCCUGACUCUAUGGAAGUAACAAUGGGUAAAAUGAGAUGUUUACAUGCUUUAGGAGAAUGGGAACAACUGUCUAAACUUGCUCAAGAGAGAUGGGCGAAUUCAACCUAUGACAUUAAAAGAGCAGUUGCACCUCUGGCAGCAGCAGCGGCAUGGGGAUUAGGUGAAUGGGAAAGAAUGGAUACCUACAUCUCAGUAAUGAAAAGUGAAUCGCCUGAUCGUUCAUUUUUUAAUGCUAUUCUUUCUAUUCAUCGUGGUAAUUACAAUGAUGCAUCAAAACAAAUUAUUAUUGCCCGGGAUUUACUUGCAACGGAACUAACUGCACUUGUUAGCGAAAGUUACAAUCGUGCUUAUGGUGUGGUUGUUCGUGUCCAAAUGCUUGCUGAACUUGAGGAAAUAAUCACUUAUAAGAAUCUUCCUACUGAAUCCGAUACAAGAAAAACAAUGAAAAAGACAUGGAUGAAAAGACUGAAAGGGUGCCAGCGAAAUGUGGACAUAUGGCAACGUAUGCUAAAAGUUCGUGCUUUAGUAAUUAAACCCAAAGAGGAUAUGGAUAUGUGGAUCAAAUUUGCUAAUUUGUGCCGUAAAUCAGGAAGACUAGGCCUUGCUGAAAAAUCAUUAAGCCGAAUUUUAGAACCAGAUGACAAUGAUCGGAGCACUAGCGGAGUUGUCGAAUUUCUUCCAAAAGUCGUAUAUGCGCAGUUAAAAUAUGAGUGGGCUAGGGGAAAUCACGAAGAAGCUUUGGAUAAGCUUAUGGAAUUCACAAACAGAAUGUCGCAUUUACUGAACUUGCAAGAUGAUGAUCUCAUUGCCCAGCCGUUGCCUUCAAAUAGAACUGAUGUGUCGUCUACUGUUAAAGAAAAUACCAGGCUCCUAGCAAGAUGUUUUUUGAAACAGGGUGAAUGGAAGGUGGCUUUAAGAGAAUCUUGGAUGACUGAAGGGCCUGAUACGAUUUUAGGGUCUUAUUUGCUUGCUACUCAUUUUGAUGAAAGUUGGUAUAAGGCUUGGCAUAAUUGGGCCUUGGCUAAUUUUGAAUUUAUCACACUUUUUGAUACAUGCAGUAUUCAAGGAGUGGAUACUGAUCGUCUUAUUCAGCACCAUGUUGUUCCUGCAAUAAAGGGAUUUUUUAAAUCCAUUGCUUUAUCUGAACAAAAGUCCCUUCAAGAUACUUUGCGUCUUUUAACUUUAUGGUUUAAAUAUGGAGGCCUUGACGAGCCAGCAAAAGCAAUGGCUGAAGGAUUUCAAUUAAUUCAUUUGGAAGUUUGGCUUGGAGUUCUUCCACAAUUAAUUUCAAGUAUUCAUCAACCUGACCCGGUAGUCAGUAAAGCUCUGCAAAGCUUAUUGACAGAGCUUGGAAGAAAUCAUCCUCAGGCUUUAAUUUAUCCUUUAACUGUGGCUAUUAAAUCGGAUAGUGCUUCUAGACAAAUGGCUGCAUCCAGCAUUAUUGAUAAAAUGCGACAGCAUAGUGCUACAUUAGUUGAACAAGCUGAGCUUGUGAGUUACGAAUUAAUUCGUGUAGCUGUUCUUUGGCAUGAACAGUGGCAUGAGGGCCUUGAGGAUGCUUCAAGAUACUAUUUUGGAGAGCACAAUAUUGAAAAAAUGUUUUCCACAUUAGAAGGAUUGCAUGCAAUGCUUGACCGUGGUCCAGAGACAUUACGUGAAGUGGCAUUUCAAACCGCCUUCGCUCGUGAUUUGCAUGAAGCUCAUAACUGGCUUAUUAGCUAUCGCAGAACUAACGACCCAGCAAACCUAAAUCAGGCCUGGGAUAUUUAUUACAAUGUUUUUAGACGAAUAACCCGACAACUUCCCCAAGCACAAACUUUAGACCUCCAAUAUGUUUCUCCAAAACUUCAAGCUGCAAGAAACUUGCAACUAGCAGUUCCUGGAACUUAUAUACCAGGAAAGCCUAUUAUAAGUAUUUCAAAGUUUGAUCCUAUGUUUUCUGUGAUUUCAUCAAAGCAGCGCCCUCGACGUUUAACCAUUAAAGCAAGUGAUGGAAAGGAUUAUCAAUAUGUAUUAAAAGGUCAUGAAGAUAUUCGCCAAGAUAAUCUUGUUAUGCAACUAUUUGGACUUGUAAAUACGCUUUUAUCUGAUGAUCCAGAAUGUUUUAAACGCCAUUUGAAUAUUCAACAAUACCCUGCCAUCCCCCUAUCUCCCAAAUCUGGUCUUUUGGGCUGGGUUCCUCACGCUGAUACAUUUCAUGUAUUAAUCAGAGAAUAUCGUGAAGGAAAAAUCCUUCUUAAUAUUGAAUACCGAGUGAUGCUGCAAAUGGCACCUGAUUAUGAUAGUCUGGCACAUUUACAAAAAAUCGAGAUAUUUACUUAUGCAUUAGACAACACUAGAGGCCAAGAUUUGUAUAGAGUUCUGUGGCUUAAAAGCAGAUCAUCUGAAGCUUGGCUAGAUCGUCGAACUCAAUAUACUCGUUCUUUGGCUGUUAUGUCAAUGGUUGGAUACAUUCUAGGUUUAGGUGAUCGUCACCCUUCUAAUCUCAUGCUUGACAGAUAUACUGGAAAAGUAAUUCACGUUGAUUUUGGUGACUGCUUUGAGGCUGCUAUUUUGAGAGAGAAGUACCCUGAAAAAGUACCCUUUCGUCUUACUAGAAUGCUUGUUUAUGCUAUGGAAGUUUCCGGUAUAGAAGGAAGCUUCAGAAUAACAUGUGAACAUGUUAUGUCCCUAUUACGUGACAAUAAGGAAUCAUUGAUGGCUAUUCUUGAGGCAUUUGCUCAUGAUCCUUUAAUCAAUUGGGGAUUUGAUAUUCCAAUGAAGACAGAUGGUCCAACUGUUGCCACUCAAACUGGCCCUGGAGGUCUAGUAGGUGGAAUGGGGGGACUUAUGGAUUAUGGAAAUAAUGGGUUUCUUAAUGAUGAUAGAACUGGGAAUGUGACUAAAGAGGAUUCACGAACUGGACGAAGCUCAAAUGGUACAUCUGCACUUUCUCUUUCAGCAAUCAAAGGAGGCGUAGCACCACCAACUGAGAAAAAAUCAGAGUCUCAAAUCACGGCCAACAGAAUUCAAAGAUCCCGUGAUAAUCGUGCAGAUAUUGUUCUGAAAAGGAUCACGGAUAAACUAACAGGAAAUGAUUUUCGAAAUGUUAAAGAUCUUGAUGUUCCUACCCAAGUCGAUAAGCUUAUUUUACAAGCUACCAAUGUGGAAAACCUUUGCUUGCAUUAUAUUGGGUGGUGUUCAUUUUGGUAA